AUGGUCCACACACCAACCACACAUGGUCCACACACCAACCACACAUGGUCCACAAGAAAUUUGUCGGAGGUGGAGCCCAACGUAUUCCUGCGCCCGUUUCUGGAGGUGGUCCGGUCUGAGGACACGACCGGACCCAUUACAGGCCUCGCUCUCACCUCCGUCAACAAGUUUCUGUCGUAUGGACUCAUCGAUCCGUCCCAUGAGGCGGCGGCGGAGGCCAUCGAGAAUAUGGCUGACGCUGUGACUCACGCUCGGUUUGUGGGAACGGAUCCUGCGAGCGACGAAGUGGUGCUGAUGAAGAUACUGCAGGUUCUCAGGACUCUGCUCCUGACUCCAGUCGGAGCUCAUCUCACUAACGAGUCUGUGUGUGAGAUCAUGCAGUCCUGCUUCAGGAUCUGCUUCGAGAUGAGACUCAGCGAGCUGCUGAGGAAGUCGGCGGAACACACUCUGGUGGACAUGGUGCAGCUGCUGUUCUCCAGGUUGCCACAGUUCAAAGAAGAAUCCAAGAGUUUUGUCGGCGCAAAUAUGAAGAAGCUGAAGAUGCGAGCCGGGGGAAUGACCGAAUCAUCAAAGUGGAAGAAGCCAAAGAGAUCUCCGCGUCCGGCACAUCACAUGGUGCGCAGUGCGAGCGGCGGCAUGGACCAAUCAGCUUUGAGCAACAACAACCUGACAGCAGUCCCGUUCCUGGACACUGCCUCUGUCCUCCCCUCCUCAGACAGCACUGGUUCUGUCUCCAGUCCCUCUGACAGUGGCGUGGAGGUGUCCUCCAAGACUCCGUCCAGAGAAGACCUGUCCGAGAUCAGCCCCACACAUGAGACUGUGGAGGGACAGGGCAACGUGGCCAGUUCCCAGUCUGCUUCGGUCGAGUCGAUUCCUGAGGUUUUAGAAGACAAUAACUCUGUAUCGGACACUUCCUCUGUGCACGACAUGGACUACGUCAACCCCAGAGGCGUGCGCUUCACCCAGAGCUCACAUAGAGACGGCUCGUCCCUGGUCCCCUAUGGUCUCCCGUGUCUGCGUGAGUUGUUCCGGUUCCUGAUUUCUCUCACUAAUCCUCACGACCGGCACAACACCGACGCCAUGAUGCACAUGGGACUACAGCUGCUCACGGUCGCUCUGGAGUCUGGACCCAUCUCCAACUACACUAGUCUGCUGGGGCUGGUAAAGGACGAACUGUGCCGACACAUGAUCCAGUUGCUGAGUGUGGAGAGGAUGAAUCUAUAUGCGUCGUCAAUCCGUGUGUGCUUUCUUCUGUUUGAGUCGAUGAGAGUCCACCUCAAGUUCCAGCUGGAGAUGUACCUGAAGAAGCUGAUGGACAUCAUCACGUGUGAGAACGUGCGUCUGCCGUAUGAGAUGAAGGAGCUGGCUCUGGAGGCCGUGGUGCAGCUCUGGAGGAUCCCCAGCUUUGUCCCUGAGCUCUACCUUAACUACGACUGUGACUUCUACUGCAGCAACCUGUUUGAAGACCUGACCAAGCUGCUGUCCAAGAACGCCUUCCCGGUCUCGGGUCAGCUCUACACCACACACCUGUUGUCUCUGGAGGCUCUUCUGACUGUGAUUGACAGCACUGAAGCCCACUGUCAGAGCAUCAAAGCCCCCAAUGCAAACACCGAACAGCCGAGCAACAAGACUGACCCAGACCAGACCAGAUCGGACCAAACCCAAGAGGAGAGACCCGAGCCCAGACCAGAGAGACCAGAACCAAACGAGCUCCAGAGCCCGACCAUUCCGCUGCUGCCCAUUCACACUGACCCCGCCUUGAGCCUUGCCCCCACCAGCGGAGCCCUGAUGGCAGACCACAUGAAGCUGGGCCGAUCCGAGCCGGGUGAGGGCGAGACAGGUGAGAACAGAGCCACGAAGAAGCCUCACAGAUUCUCCUCCUGUUUACCGGACUCACAGGAGCUACUGGAUAUCAGGUCCAAGAAGAAGCUGCUGAUCACGGGAACCGAACAGUUCAACCAGAAGCCGCGGAAGGGCAUCCAGUUCCUGCAGGAGAAAGGCCUUCUGUCGGAACCCAUGGAGCCAGGACAGGUCGCCCAGUGGCUCAGAGAGAACCCCAGGCUGGACAAAAAGAUGAUCGGAGAGUUCGUCAGUGACCGCAAGAACACAGAGCUCCUGGACAGCUUUGUCAACACGUUCCAGUUCCAGGGCCUCCGCAUGGAUGAGGCCCUCAGACUGUACCUUGAGGCCUUCAGGCUCCCAGGGGAAGCUCCAGUCAUCCAGAGACUGCUCGAGACAUUCACUGACAACUGGCAUAAAGUAAACGGUUGUCCUUUUAUGACCAACGAUGCGGGUUUCGCUCUGGCGUACGCCGUCAUCAUGUUGAACACCGACCAACACAACCACAACGUACGCAAACAGAACAUCCCAAUGACUCUGGAGCAAUUUAAGAAGAAUCUGAAGGGAGUCAACGGCAACAAGGACUUCGACCAGGACAUGUUAGAAGAUCUUUAUAACGCCAUCAAGACUGAGGAGAUCGUGAUGCCAGAUGAACAGACUGGUUUGGUGAAGGAGAACUAUGUGUGGAGCGUGUUGCUUCACCGCGGCUCGUCUCCUGAAGGACUGUUCCUCAGAGUGCCCCAGGGCAGAUACGACCACGAGCUCUUCUCCAUGAUCUGGGGUCCAACCAUCGCCGCUCUCUCUUACGUCUACGAUAAGAGUCUGGAGCAGAACAUCUUGCAGAAGGCUAUCACAGGGUUCAGGAAGUGUGCGACGAUCGCUGCUCACUACGGCUUCAGCGACGUGUUCGACAAUCUGAUCAUCUCCCUCUGCAAGUUCACAACACUCAGCAGCGAGUCUGUAGAAAACCUGCCCACCGUGUUUGGGAGUAACGCCAAAGCACAGACGGCGGCGAAGACGUUUUUCGAGCUGUCUCAUCGUCACGGCAACAUCCUGAGAGAGGGAUGGAAAAACAUCAUAGAGUCAAUGCUCCAGCUGUUCAGAGCAGAGCUGCUGCCCAAGGCCAUGUGUGAGGUGGAGGACUUUGUGGAACCCAAUGGGAAGAUCUCACUGCAGAGAGAGGAGACUCCCUCAAACAGAGGAGAGUCUGCAGUGCUGAGUUUUGUGAACUGGCUCACUCUGAGUGGAGCUGAACCAUCAGGACUUAGAGGACCAUCGACAGAGAACCAGGAGGCCAAACAGCAGGCUCUGCUCUGCAUCAAGAACUGUGACCCGGAGAAACUCAUCACAGAGAGCAAGUUUCUGCAGCUGGAGUCUCUACAGGAGCUCAUGAAGGCUCUGAUCUCGGUGACUCCAGACGAAGAGACGUACGACGAGGAGGACGCAGCCUUCUGUCUGGAGAUGCUGCUGUGGAUCGUUCUGGAAAACAGAGACCGGGUGGCGCUGGUCUGGCACACGGUCCGGGACCAUCUGUACCAGCUCUGUGUUCAGGCCAACGAGACCUGCUUCCUGCUGGAGCGAGCCGUGGUGGGACUGAUCCGACUGAGCAUCCGCCUGCUGAGGAGAGAGGACAUCAGCUCACAGGUGCUCCUCUCUCUGCGCCUCCUCCUCAGUAUGAAGCCUCACGUCCUCAGCAGAGUGAGCAGGGAGGUGUCUUACGGUCUCCAUGAGCUCCUGAAGACCAACGCUGCCAACAUCCACAGGACCGAGCACUGGUACACGCUCUUCACCCUCAUCGAGUGCACGGGAGCUGGGGUCAGGGCUCCAGCCAGUUUCAGGGUCUCUACCCCCACUGGAGACCACGACACGGGAGCUCAGUCGGACAGCGAGCUCUCCUCUCACUCUCACGCUGAGACGCUGGAUCGCGGUUACACCUCUGACCCCGAGGUUUACAACGAACACAACAAGCCCCGCCUCCCACGCUCCACCACCGACAGCGGCUGGCUCAUGGUUGGUAAAGACGACUUGGAUCUUAAGCCGUCUCUCUCAAAGCCGGACCCCAUGCCAGAGUCUAAACCUGACCUCAGACCCGACCCUGUACCCGAGCUGAAACCCGCGGGCAGGUCAGAGGUCCGGCACGCUCUCGUGAACCAGUUCAGUCUCACGGUGGGACAGGACCUGGGACAACAUGACACCAAGUCCCUCCUGAAGUGUGUGGAGACUCUGUCCUUCAUCGUGAGGGACGCGGCCCACGUGACUCCAGACAACUUCGAACUGUGUGUGAAGGCCAUCCGGGUGUUUGUGGAGGCCAGUCUGAACGGAGGAUACCGGAACCACGACAAAAAGAGGAGCCAUAAGUACGAUUCGUCCAAGUCCCGUUUGAGGAAGAAGAACGGCGGUCGCGAUAAGGAAGCAGGAGCAGGGGGCCGGCGAGGGGGGGGCAGGUCGACCAAUCACAGACCAGCUCGUAACCAUAGUGACGAGGAAGAGGACGAGGGCGUGCCGGCGAGCUACCACACGGUGUCUUUACAGGUUAGUCAGGACCUGCUGGACCUGAUGCACACCCUCCACACUCGUGCUGCCAGUAUCUACAGCUCCUGGGCAGAGGAGCAGCGCCUCCUGGAGGAGGAGAGCAGGAGGAUCGAGGCCGACUCCCAGACUCUUUGGACAAGCUGCUGGUGUCCUCUGCUGCAGGGGAUGGCCUGGCUCUGUACUGACGCGCGCAGACAGGUGCGGAUGCAGGCGCUGACCUACCUGCAGAGGGCGCUGUUGGUGCACGACCUGCAGGCUCUGGAGGCAGCAGAGUGGGAGUCCUGCUUCAACAAGGUCCUGUUUCCGCUCCUCACCAAACUCCUGGAGAACAUCAGUCCUGCAGAUGUGGGAGGGAUGGAGGAGACCAGGAUGCGAGCCUGCACCCUGCUGUCUAAGGUCUUCCUCCAGCACCUCUCUCCUCUCCUCUCGUUGCCGACCUUUGCUGCUCUGUGGCUCACCAUCCUGGACUUCAUGGACAAGUACAUGCACGCAGGCUCCAGCGACCUCCUGCAGGAGGCCAUCCCUGAGUCUCUGAAGAACAUGUUGCUGGUCAUGGACACGGCUGGGAUCUUCCACUGCUCAGACUCUGGUUCUGGUUCUGGUUACUCCGACCUGUGGAGCAUCACGUGGGAGAGGAUCGUGUGCUUCCUGCCACAUCUGAAGGAGGAGCUGUUCAAACAGACUGUCCGAGAAGAGCCGUGUCCUCCUGCAGAGUCCCUCAGACCUCCCUCACCCCAGACGCCUCCCCCAGCUCGACCCCCCUCCCCCCCAGUGACUCCUCCACAGUCUGAGAGCCCGAGCCGAUCGGCCUCACCACAGGAGGGUCCCCCAGGCCAGGGUUCUGAGGCUCCGCCCUCCCAUGCUCAGACUCCUUCCCUUCCCACACUCAGCCCCACCCCCUCCCCAUUAGGCCCCUCCCCCCUGAUCCUUCAGCCACUGGCAUCGCCGCUGCAGGUGGGAGUCCCGCCCAUGUCUCUGCCAAUCAUCCUGAACCCAGCACUGAUUGAGGCCACGUCUCCGGUACCUCUGCUGCCCCCAGUGCCAAGAGGAGGAACUGCGGACAGUGACACAGUCAAGUAA